AUGCUGUCUCGGGAAGAACUUGUCAUGGUUGUCAAGCGUUAUCGCUUCGCGAACCCUGCGUGUCGUCGUAGACUUCUGCUCGUACUCGUAGCGUCGAUUGAACGACCUCUUGUUCCCGACGUCCGCUUCAACUUGGAUUCCUACAACGAUGCCGACCUCCAACCGAAGUUUCGCUUCGGCUCCGACGAGAUCCGCCUGCUCGUCAACCUUUUGGGUAUACCAAGUGUUACUGAGAAGCGCGACCGUGUCCAUGCUGUUGAAGCCAUAUGCAUCUUGCUUCACCUGCUCUGCUACCCCAAACGCUACUGUGACAUGAUGGUGCUCUUCAGCCGCUCACGGGAAUCGAUUUGUCGAAUUUUCAACAGCAUUGUCAACUUGCUUUACGACAAGUGGAAAUGCACCAUCUACUUUGCAAUUGACACCGUCGAGACACGGCUCCAGCUCUACGCCAAUGCCAUCGCUAACAAAGGUUCGCCUGUGGCGUGCCUCUUUGGUUUCAUCGACGGGAGCAAAUUCGAAACCUGCCACAUCACUCAGGCCAGUGCAUCUGCCUUUCCCGACAUGCAGCGCUACGUUUACAGUGGCCACAAACGGCGCCACUGCUUGAAUUUCCAAGCCAUAACUGCACCGGAUGGCUUGUGCGUCCACUUCUGGGGCCCGCUCGAGGGUGCGCGACACGACACGACGUUGCUUCGUGAGAGUAAGCUGCUGGAUUACAUGACGGAGCGCUCCUACAUUUUCAACAACUACUUCAUUUACGGCGAUCCUGCUUAUGGUGUUCUGGGCUGGAUUUUUUCGGGGUACAAAGGCAAUACGAUUACCCAACAAGAAAAGCGCGUUCAACAGCACCAUGAGAACUCACAACUAGCUCUCGCGUAA